AAAAAUGAGUGUCAAAGCGUAUGAACUAGUGGAAUUGAUACCUAGGUUUAUUUCUCCGACCGGUGAUAAACAUGUCAAGAUUGAAUGUAUUGAAUGCAGUGGACGAUAUGUGUUCAUUGGUACAAGCGAUGGCCAUGUUGUGAAGUACAGCGUUCAGGAAACAGCAUCAAAGAAUGCCAGUAGUUCGCCCUUCGUUUAUCAUAGGGAAGGACAGCGGUUUUUUGAUGCUAAAAAGCCAGUACGGUUGAUAAAGGCUGCUUCUGCCUUGGAAAAGUUACUAGUUCUUUAUGAUACUACCCUCUAUGUUCUCAAUAUUAAUGACUUGGAGCUUAUUGGAUCCCGUUUGAAAAAUGUGCAAACAUUUUGUGUAAAUGAAAACCCCAGAAGUACUGAUCCAUUUCUUGUACAGAUAUGUGUUGCACCAGUAUCUAAAGGGCAAUUAGCUAUUCACAAUGUGACUCCAGAUGACAAGAUCACUCAUACCAAUACUUUUAAUUUACAAGAGCCAGUAAAGUGCUUAUGUGCUGAUUGUGGAAUUAUAUGUGCUGCUCUUCGAGAUAAGUACAUUAUUCUUGACUGCGAUCAAGGGCAAGUUCAAGACUUAUUCCCAUUUGACAAAGAUACAUUCACUCCCUACCUAUGUAAAGUUGCAAAGGAAGAAUUUCUACUUAGUGGCCCAGACGGGUUGGGGAUAUUUGUGUGUUCAGCAGGAACAUCAAACCGCCCACCCCUGCAAUGGUCUUACCCAUUAACAUCACUUACUUUUCAUCAUCCAUAUAUUCUUGGAGUUAGUAAUGAAAUUAUCAUGGUUCACAGUAUUGUUGACCAGCAGCAGAAGCAAGCUAUACCAUUCCUCGGGGGGCAACUUAUUGGAAACUAUGACGGCCACAUAUAUGUUUGUUCGCAGACAAGCCUGUAUGCCCUGGUGCCUGUUCCCUGGGAGAAACAAGUGGAGGCACUUCUGGUUGAUGAACAUGUUGAGGAAGCUCUUUCUUUGCUUGAGAAAGUUGGACACUCAGGCGGACUUACUGGUCAGAUUGAUCCUUUAAAAAAGAGAUUCAAGCAGCAGGCAGCGUUCAUCUAUUUUGCACGGUCAGAUCUAGAAAUUGCUCUGGACCUUUUCUUAGACUCAGAAAUUGAUGAGAGAGAAAUUAUCUCAAUAUUUCCUGGGAUUAUGCCUUCAGCAAGUGCUUUUGUAAGAACAGUUCCACCUCUUCACAACAUUGCUGAUGUGAAUCAGCUGUUCCAUGGGAAUGAAAAAAAAAUAACAGAGGUCAAACAGUUUUUGCUGCAUUUUCUGCAAAUGGCUCAUGACUCCAAAACAAGCUUGUACUGCCUUGAAAUUGAUACCGCACUUCUUAAAUUGUAUGCUGAGCUUGGUCAGAACAAGGAGUUAGAAAGUUUACUUGAAUCACCAGUUUUCAGUGGAGACUUCCAAAGUUGUUUGGCUUGGCUGAAGGACAGGCGCUUGCACCAUGCCCAAGCUCUUCUGCUGUUGAGAAAUGGAAAAAGGUCUGAAGCCUUAUCCCUUUGGUGUCAGAUGAUAUCGGGAGAGUUAAAUGACCCAAAUUUUAAAGGUGUCACCUUCUUUGCCCAAGUUCUCAAAACAAUAGGGGAUGCAGAAAUUCUGUGGCAAUAUGCAGACUUAGUCUUAGAUAAUAAUGAAGAACAUGGUGUAGAGUUAUUUAUUCAGAAGCAAACCGAAAAAAAUACUGCUUCUGUUAUGGAGCUUGACCCUAACACUGUUGCUAAUUAUCUUCAACGUUAUCCUACAGCUCUUAUUUUAUACCUUGAAUAUUUAAUCAACGACAAAGGAGUUGAAGAAGAGAAAUUUCAUACUCAAUUGGCUGUGCAGUACAUUGAUGCCAUAUCAAAACUAAAAUCUCAAAAUAGAGAAAAUGAGUUAGAUUUUAAUGAAACUGUCUUACGGUUGAGAAUAUUUCUUCAGAAAUCCAAUCUAUACCGUGCAAAGUUUCUUCUACCUAAAGUGCGGGAUGUCGGCUUGGAUCAGGAAGUAGCUGUCCUUUAUGGAAAGAUGGGAGAUCAUGAAAAGGCUCUCAGUAUUCUUGCCACACAACUGAGAGAUUUUAAGGGUGCAGAAGAAUAUUGUCUUCUGAAUGGGGACAGAAAAGAAAACAAUUCUUACAACAUGCUGUUCCAUAGUCUUUUGUCUAUCUACCUCAAUCCAGAACACAGGGGAAAGAAAACUGAUGAAUAUCUUGCACCUGCGCUUGACUUGCUGAAUGCCUAUGCCUCUGAAAUUGAUCCAGUGAAGGCAAUUGAAAUCAUACCACCUCAUUGGUCAGUAAAUAUUUUGGAAACCUUCUUAAGAGGAGCGCUUCGUUCAUCCAUGAACAAGUUUCGCUCAACAAAGAUGGAAAAAUCAUUGGCUAAAGCUGACAGUAUUCAAGGGGCAGAAACCUUGUACACUCUUGAGAAGCAUUCUCUGAAGUUAGUGGAAUCAAAUUACUGCUGUGUGUGUAAAAAGCCAUUCAGUGAUUUGAAAUUCGCCCGUUAUCCUAAUGAUGUUAUUACGCAUGUGGAAUGUGGCCGCCUUGCAAAUGUGUGUCCGUUGACUGGGCAUUGUUUUUCAUUGCCCAAAUCUGUUCAACCUAGAAGCUGAAUUAAGCCUGACUUCUAGGCCUGUUUGUGAUGAAAGUAUUGUGAUUAUUUAUGAUUCCAUUUUUAAUUUUUAUUUAAAUUUAGUUAUAGGUCAAACAAAAUGCAUAACUGUUUUUUGUGAGUGCUGUUUUGAUGUGUCCUGCAACAUGUCUAGUCUUGUGUAUGUCAUAUGAAUGGCCUAUAUCCAUAUUUUCUCCAUUUCAUUAUUGUUUUUGUAUUGUUGUUAUUAUCAUCAUAUUAUUUGCAUGGUAGAGAUACAUGGAAGCAAUUACACUGUAUUACUUGAUUUUUUUGUACAGUUUUUCCUUUAGGUAAUACCAAGUACUCAUGAGAUUGUUGUCUAUUAUGGCUUUGUAUUUGUGAUACCCAGUUAUUAGAUUUGCAAAUUAUAUGAAGUGUUAAAGUGCUGUUCUGCAAAUCAAAGUGGAGAGCUAUCAGUUUAAACAUAACUAAUUUUGACUGUUAGUAGCAAGGUAAAUGUAGAUUACAUUUUGCAUGUACCCAGGUUUUGUAUUGUUGUGAAAGGAACAGUAAAAAUGAACAAGAUUGUCUAUUA